GGGAUCAACAGAGAAACCUCUGAAGUUAAGCACUGUCCCGAACACGGUCUGCCAAUCAGACGCUGUAGAUUAUAGACGUUGUACCACUGCCAACCAAUCAGACUGAAGGAGGCGGGACUUGUGCUCAGCCUGCUCCUGUGAGGUUGAUACUGCAGCUAUUGAAUCAGAGCAUCUAGGUUACACUUGCACCGACUGACAAGUAGUAACGAGUACAUGUAACGUAACCGACCAACGCUCGCGCUACUCUUGAUGUGAGAACCGCUCCUCAGCCGUUACUCCUCCAUGUUCCUCCGCACCGCCGGUGACUGGAUGAUCCCCGCCUACACACACUGCCCACUCGUUCAGGUGACAGCCUCAACACACCCUCCCCCUCAGAGAUGGAGCUGUCUGUGGAUGGCAGCAGACCUUGAGGACGGAAACAAGUGUCAGUACUGGUGUUUUACAAAGUAGUGAAGAUACAGAGCUCGUUAAUCUCUCGUAAAGUAGCCUACUUACCGCUCCGUGCCGAGGUCUGGUGGAAGUGCUCCAGCAACGGUCAUUUUAAGCCACGAAGCUUAACGGAGAGAGCAAGAAGAGACGACGGGCAGAGCUGACGUUACCGUUAGUCUGAAGAGUCAACCCACAGCCGGCUUUCUGCCUUUCUCCGGUAACAGUCUCAACACCUCCUGGAUGCAAUGACCGACUCGGUUGUGGACAGCAAGGCGGAGGUGAAACAAGCCACGAAAUAUGUCAAAGAGACGGAAAACGUCGCGGAGAAAUACUCCGCGAUGACUGUGAGCAAGAACAGCAGUGAUGUGAAUAUGAACGUUGGGGAAAUGCCUUCCGCAGCGUUCACCGCAGUCCCUACACUGAAAUCCGUCAAGAAGAUCCAGUUUGCGAACACUGAGGACAAACAAGAGUUCAGCAAGUACCCCACCAAGGCCGGCCGCCGCUCCCUGUCUCGGUCCAUCUCGCAGUCCUCUACAGACAGCUACAGCUCAGCUGCAUCCUACACCGACAGCUCUGAUGAUGAAACCUCCCCCAGGGACAAAGCCCAGGUCAACACUCACGGCAGCAGUGACUUCUGUGUGAAGAACAUCAAGCAGGCCGAAUUUGGCCGCCGUGAAAUCGAAAUUGCAGAACAAGACAUGUCUGCCCUGAUCUCCUUGAGGAAGAGAGCCCAGGGGGAGAAGCCGCUGGCUGGGGCCAAGAUAGUGGGCUGCACCCAUAUCACUGCUCAGACUGCAGUCCUGAUCGAGACUCUGGUAGCCCUCGGGGCGCAGUGUCGCUGGACUGCCUGCAACAUCUACUCCACUCAGAAUGAGGUGGCUGCUGCUCUCGCUGAAACAGGGGUACCUGUGUUUGCAUGGAAGGGUGAGUCAGAGGACGACUUCUGGUGGUGCAUCGAUCGCUGUGUCAACACGGAGGGCUGGCAGGCCAAUAUGAUCUUGGAUGAUGGUGGAGAUUUAACCCACUGGGUUUACAAGAAGUAUCCCAGUGUCUUCAAGAAGGUGCGGGGCAUUGUGGAGGAGAGUGUCACUGGAGUGCACAGAUUGUACCAGUUGUCUAAGGCCGGCAAGCUGUGUGUCCCUGCCAUGAAUGUGAACGACUCAGUCACCAAGCAGAAAUUUGACAACCUUUACUGCUGCCGUGAAUCUAUCCUGGAUGGCUUGAAGAGGACCACAGAUAUAAUGUUUGGAGGCAAACAAGUUGUCGUGUGUGGCUAUGGAGAGGUGGGGAAAGGCUGCUGCACCGCACUAAAGGCCCUUGGAGCUAUUGUGUGCAUCACAGAGAUUGACCCCAUCUGUGCUCUGCAGGCAUGCAUGGACGGCUUCCGAGUGGUCAAGCUGAGUGAGGUCAUCCGGCAGAUGGACGUGGUGAUAACUUGCACUGGCAACAAGAAUGUUGUCACCAGGGAACAGCUUGACCGAAUGAAGAAUGGCUGCAUCGUCUGCAAUAUGGGACACUCCAACACUGAGAUUGAUGUGGCGAGUCUGCGCAGCCCUGAGCUGACCUGGGAGAGGGUGCGCUCUCAGGUUGAUCACAUCAUCUGGCCCGAUGGAAAGAGGGUUGUUCUGCUUGCAGAGGGCCGCCUCUUAAACCUGAGCUGCUCCACAGUGCCUACGUUUGUGUUGUCCAUCACUGCUACAACUCAGGCUCUGGCCCUGAUCGAGUUGUUCAAUGCUCCAGAGGGACGUUACAAACAGGAUGUGUAUCUGCUGCCCAAGAAGAUGGAUGAAUAUGUGGCCAGUUUGCACCUACCAAAUUUUGAUGCCCAUCUGACAGAGCUUUCUGACGAACAGGCCAAGUACAUGGGCCUCAACAAGAACGGCCCCUUCAAACCUAAUUACUACAGGUAUUAAUGAGAGUGUCUGAUGCUGUGGUCCUCAGCACAGCUGUUCCUGGGAUAAACAGAGAUAUCUAUUUUAUUUUCUAAAUUGCUACAAAAUGGAGGAAUUAUUUUAAUUAUGCUGAAUGUAACUUAUUAUUGGCACUUCAGACAUAGUGUUAAAUAAGAAAAAUAAGACAUGUAGGAAACAUACGAUGUAUAACCAACUAACAUUUUACAUGUCUUGUCAUGUGUUUAAAUAAGAAGCCUGCCUGCAUGCUUUCAUGUGUAUGUACUUAUUUAGUUGCUGCGCUUCUGUUGCUAGAUCACAAAGCUGUUGAUUUGUUUGUUUACCCUAUUUACGCGCAGUGCCAAACGAUGGCCGUAAGAAUGGAACGGAUACCAUGUUUGUUUUGUCUGUCGAUGACAUUAUCAGUACAUUCCAUGAGCCAGGGUUUGGGCUGAGCCGAAACAAACCCUGCAUUACAAUGUACAUUAUUUUAGAUUAGAUUUUGUUUUACAUGCGCUAAAUAAUCUCAUUGACUGGUAUCUGCAUCCAUGCCCUAAAAGGUAUCAUCCAGUCAUCCUUUUUAUUCCAGCCAAGCACAGCGAUGAAAUAUAGUACGUGUUGUUUAUUUUAAGAAUUCAUAAUAGCCUGUGAAGUGCAUUUUAAAAUCCUGACUCUUGGUGUUGGCAUUCAGCAUUCACCCUAAGAUGAUCUGAGAACACCCAUGAGUUCUCCUGAAUAAAUUCAAACCAAAAGGACGUUUCAUGUGCUAAUAACAGAUAAAGAUGUUUAUGUUACGUUAAAAGUAACAGGCUUGAUGCAUUCCUACAAAGGAAAUACUGAAAAGGUUGAGGAGUAAAACAUUUUCAAAUUGACUCUGACUUCCCUCAUUUAAGUUUCCAUUCGCUCACUCGAGCUCCAGCUGAGGUCUGUCUCCCUGAUGAGCAGCGUGGUGUGUUACACAGUAUUUUGACUGGAUAAUACAUUUAAGGCCAUGGCAUGAAUGUGCCUUUUUAAUCAUUUACACAUAAAUAUCAGCACUGACCUUAAUUAAAUGAACAUUCCUUGUUUGUAAAACCACAUCUAUUAGUGGUGCAUUUAAUGUCUUCCUUUCACUGCUUCUGUAUUAACUGUAACCCUAAUGUAUGAGCUGUGUGUGUUGAGACAACAAUAUUAGACCUUUAUGUUUGCCAUAUGAUUGCCACUGUCUUAAUUUGAUCCAGCAGGGUCACCUAAAGUAAAAAUUCAUGUGAUCAAAAUGCAUAAGUGUAUAUUAUGUAUGUAAAAGAAUGCAUUAAAUCAGCAAUAAAGCAAAUUCUUUUAA